AUGGCGGGCGGCCAGAGCGGCGCGCGCCUCACGAAGGGGCUCAGCAACAGCUUCGGCGUGGGCGGGGGCGACGGGCCGGACAAUGAGCAGGCCGCCAUGGACGCGCUGGUGGAGAACGGCGUCAAAGUGGCGUUCAAGGACAUCGAAUACUUGGUGCCCAGCAGCAAGGAGAAGGGAAAAAAGACGGCCCUCCUAAAGCACGUUGGCGCCUACCUGCUGCCGAGCCAGAUGACCGCCCUGAUGGGCCCCAGCGGAAGCGGCAAGACCACGCUGCUGGACCUGCUGGCUGGCCGGAAAACCGGCGGAGAGACGAAAGGCGAAAUUCUCUUCGCCGCUCACAAACCCACUCAGAAAUUUCUAAGGCGCUAUACCGGCUACGUGGAGCAGUUUGACACACUGCUGGGUAUGUUGACCGUGCAAGAGAUGAUGAUGUACACGGCGGAGUUGAAGCGCCCCGUGAGCGAGCCCUACAACAGGAAGAAAGAGGCGGUGGGCGCCGUCAUCGAAAAGCUGGCCCUGGAGAGUGCCAAGGACACCAGGAUUGGAAAUGCUCUCAUGAAGGGUAUUUCCGGUGGCCAAGCCAAGCGGGUGAACAUUGGCAUUGCUCUGGUGACCAACCCCAAGGUUUUGUUUCUGGACGAGCCCACCACAGGACUGGACUCAUACACAGCCAAUGAGGUGCUUAUGCUGGUGAAGGCCCUCACGUCUGACGGGAUCACCAUCUGCGCCACCGUCCACUCGCCUUCGCCUUGCGCCUUCGCCCUAUUCGACAGGCUGGUCAUGCUGGUGCGCGGACAGCUCGUGUACUUUGGAGACAGAUGCGCAGCCCACGCCUACUUCCAGUCCGCCGUCCCCGACAAGGGCCCCCGCGUCGCCAUGGACUCGGGAAACGAGGCGGAGUGGAUCACGGACGUCAUUGUCCACGUAGACCGCAUGGGGGGAGGGGCCGCCCUGGCGGAGACCUUCAACAGGUCGACCCUGAAAGGCGAGGGACAGGAGGCACUGGAGGCCAUGAUGAAGGAAAGCGCGGCCGUGUCGGAGGAGACGCUGAGGGAGCUGUCUGUGAGGCGAGCGACGGUGACGCCCUUCUGGUGGGGCCUCAGGACGCUGAUCAAGUAUCGCACCACAAAGAACUACCAGGACCCAACGUUCCUGGGCCCCCGCGUCGGCGACAAGUUGGUGUUCGCCUUCAUCCUCAUGAGCCUGUACUGGGGCAUCGGGGACAAGCUGACGCCCGACAACUUCAUCAACAUCACGUCAUGCCUCUUCAUAACGUCCGCUUUUCAUCCGUGA